ACUCGUUGUCCGGCUGGAGGUGUGAUCUCGUCUACUCGCUGUAACUUCAUACUGUGAACAUGGCCAACAAUGAGAAUGCCCGUCUGAACCUCUUCAAGAACAAAGGCAAGGACUGCUUGGAGAUGAGACGGAGGAGGAUGGAGGUGAAUGUGGAGCUGCGCAAGGCCAAGAAAGACGAUCAGUUGCUGAAGAGGAGAAAUGUCAGUUCUUUCCCAGACGAGCCCACCUCUCCUCUGCAGGAGAAGAACCAAAACGGACAGACUUCUUCUCAGUGGACUGUGGAGGAGAUUGUCCGUGGGGUGACUAGUGGAAGCCUGGAAGUAGAGCUACAAGCCACACAGGCUGCCCGGAAGCUGCUUUCUCGGGAACGCGAGCCUCCCAUAGACCGUAUCAUCCAAGCCGGCCUCAUCCCGAAACUUGUUACCUUCCUGUGCCGUGAGGAUUGCAGCCCUAUCCAGUUUGAGGCUUCAUGGGCUCUCACCAACAUUGCCUCGGGCAACUCUGACCAGACCCGGGCUGUGGUAGAAGGUGGAGCCAUUCCUGCCUUCAUCUCCCUGCUGGCUUCCCCUCACUCUCACAUCUGUGAGCAGGCCGUAUGGGCUCUAGGAAACAUCGCAGGUGAUGGAUCGGCGUACAGAGACUUGGUCAUUAAACAUGGGGCUGUGGCUCCUCUGUUGGCUCUACUGGCUGCCCCUGAUCUUUCGUCUCUUCCUACCGGCUACCUCCGAAACCUCACCUGGACCCUGUCCAACCUGUGCCGCAACAAGAACCCAGCACCCCCUAUUGAAGCCAUUAAAGAGAUCUUGCCCACCUUGGCUCGGCUUCUGCACCACGAUGACCGGGAGGUUUUGGCAGACACUUGCUGGGCCAUCUCUUACCUGACAGAUGGCUCCAAUGACCGCAUUGAUGUGGUGGUGCAAACAGGACUGGUCCCCAGAAUUGUGCAGCUGCUGGGGUGCAAAGAGCUAACUAUAGUGACCCCUUGCCUGAGGACAGUAGGAAACAUCGUGACAGGCACAGACGAGCAGACGCAAGUGGUCCUUGAAUCGGGUGCCUUGGCUGUAUUUGCUGAACUCCUCACCCAUCCCAAGAACAACAUCCAGAAGGAGGCAGCCUGGACUCUGUCUAACAUCACGGCCGGGCGACAGGACCAAAUCCAGGAGGUGGUGAAUCAUGAGCUGGUACCUUUCUUGAUUGACAUCCUGAAGAAGGGUGACUACAAGACACAGAAGGAAGCCGUGUGGGCCAUCACCAACUACACCAGUGGCGGUACCAUUAACCAGAUCAUCUACCUGGUACAAUCCGGGGUCAUCGAGCCUCUCUGUAACCUGUUAUCUGCUAAGGACAGCAAGACCGUGCUCGUCAUCCUGGACGCCUUCACAAACAUCUUUGCUGCUGCUGAUAAACUUGACGAGACAGAGAAGCUGUGCCUGAUGGUGGAAGAAUGUGGCGGCCUGGACCGUAUCGAGGCCCUGCAGUCCCAUGAGAAUGAGCAAGUUUACAAGUCCUCGUCUAUGCUGAUUGAGAAAUACUUUGCUGCAGAGGAGGAUGAAGAGGAAAGCCUUGCUCCCGAAGCCUCAUCUGAUGGUUACGCUUUCCAGGUUCCCAGCGGCACUCACACCACCUUCGACUUUUAAGCACUUUACCCCUUGUGGUCGUCUCCUCUUUGUCUUUUUUUCUAUGUGACUUGGCACUUUCUGUCCUGUACAUACUGUGAAUCUGUUACGUCGACUUGUGUAAAUAGUUUUACUUCUGCAUUUCCUCACUCUUCAUUUCUCGCUCUUACACUAAGACCUCUAUAGCUCUUGGGGAUGUGAACGCCCUGCUGUACUGGUCUCUGCUGGAUAAUCCAGCUCCUUGAAGGCAUGCGUUGCCUGUCUUGGUUCUGCCCGCUCACAGGGCAAAUGGUUCCUUUUGUGGAUAAGACCUGCGAUGCCCUUCACCUGCUGGAAGGGCAUCUAUUUGUAAGGUUUGUCCUCCUCGAUGGGUAGGUUUACAGGUCCCUUCACGUCCGAGGAGGUCUGCAAGUUUACAAUGUGACUUGUACAGCUUACAAUUGA